AUGGAUAAAUAUGAAAAGGUGAAGAAAAUAGGGGAAGGUUCCUUUGGAAAGGCUGUACUUGUCAAAGACAAGGAGGAUGGGCACCAAUAUGUCAUCAAGGAGGUCAGCAUAUCCGGGAUGUCUGAAAAAGCGAGACAAGAAUCUCGGAAAGAAGUUGCCGUUCUUGCAAACAUGAGUCAUCCCAACAUUGUCAAGUAUAAGGAGUCUUUCGAAGAGGGAGGUUGUCUGUAUAUUGUUAUGGGCUACUGUGAGGGCGGAGACCUCUUCAAGAAGAUCAACUCGCAGAGAGGAAUUCUUUUCCCGGAGGAACAAAUCCUGGAUUGGUUUGUGCAGAUUUGCUUAGCAUUAAAGCAUAUCCAUGAUCGAAAAAUUCUUCACAGAGACAUCAAAUCACAGAACAUAUUUUUGACAAAAGAUGGCACUGUGCAACUUGGGGACUUUGGAAUUGCGAGGGUGCUUAACAGCACGGUAGAACUUGCAAGAACAUGCAUUGGGACCCCUUAUUACCUUUCACCUGAGAUAUGUGAAAACAAACCAUACAACAAUAAAAGCGACAUUUGGGCUCUUGGCUGUGUUCUAUAUGAAAUGUGCACCCUUAAGCAUGCAUUUGAGGCUGGAAAUAUGAAGAACCUUGUUCUGAAGAUCAUCCGUGGCUCAUAUCAUCCUGUGGCUGUUCACUACUCCCCAGAACUGCAUUCUCUUUUGGCACAGCUUUUCAAACACGACCCCAAGGAAAGACCUUCUGUCAGCAGAAUACUGGACAAACCUUUCCUUUCUUGCAGGAUCCAAAGUUUCCUCACACCACAGGUCAUUGCUCAGGAAUUCCACCAUAUAUUUGUUCACAAGCAGAAGAAAAAGGGUGCGCAUCAGGUACCAUCUGUUGCUGCCAAGAUUACAGCACCUGCAUGUAAAUACAGAGUGCCUUUAACCGCAAGGAAGGUGUCAGUAACCAAAAAACCUGUUGACAAGAAGACUGCUAUUAAAUAUACACCGGCCCCUGCAUCCAUUCAGAGAAGAGUAAGUCAAGGGGAUGAAGACAGGCGAAAACAGGAGGUUAUCAAAAAAAGGAAGAAUCUGAUUGAUAAAGAAAAACUGCGAGAGCAGCUUAUGAUGAUGAAAGCCGAACAUAUUAGGCAGUAUGAGAAGGAAAAGUUGAGUGCUUUGCAUUUUGUCAUCCAAACUAAGAGUCAUUUAGGUGGUGGAAAGAGGGCUGCAGAUGUGCCAAGUUCCCCUCCAUCCUCUGUUUUGAGCAGAAAUCCUUAUGAAAACUACCAUGCUGCCCUUGACCAAAUGGCUAAACAAUCAAAUGAAGUUGGACUCUGCAGGGAGGGAUCAGCUGGGCCAGGCACUCCCAUACGUAGUGUGCCAGCAGCUGUUGGCCCUGUGCUUCCUAAUGGUCCCGCCCCACUACUAAACCCAGAUACAGUCAAAAUGGAACUACAAAGGUUGCAGCAUGUUUCCAAACAAAAACAUAUGAGCAGGCAGAAAACACGUUUGCCUGCUGAGCGUGUAUACCAGGUUGAAGAGUUUUUACAGCGUAAAAAGGAAGCAUUGCUCAACAAAGUACGGGCCGAAGGACAUCCGGGUACUCGGCAAAACUGGGCCGCCAUCUGUGGAAGCCAAGUAGCUUCAGCUCGGUAUAGAAGGAGGCCUCACAAAGUCAACAAAGAGGAGGAGGAAUACUUGACAGCACUCAGGCAGAUCCGUUUGCAGAAUUUCAAUGAGCGCCAGCAAAUCCAAGCCAGGCUUAAAGGAGAGAUGUAUGGUAGUGACAGUUCAGAGAGUCUAGAGUCAGCAGAGGAGGCUGAACUGAGGAGAAAGAAGAUAGCGGCUUUUAAAGUCCACGCUAAUGCCCGUGCUGCUGUACUGAAAGAGCAACUAGAGAAGAAGCGAAGAGAGGCUAAUGAAAGAGAAAAAAAAGCAUGGGAUGAUCAUGUAAGUACUAUUGCAGCUCAGGGGGAAAGGGUACCCCCAGCUGCUGUAUCAACUACCUCUAAACCCACAACCGUCAAAUCUUCGGCCUUGCCAGAAUCUGAGCCCCCUGCUUCUGUUAUAUCCAUGACUGUUGCCCUGAAGAAUGUUGGAGCAAUGACUCCAUUAAUGGAUAACCUGCCUGGCACAGAGGCUGUCACAAUCAUUCAGAGUGAAAAGAAGCAGAUCUUGAACAGACUUAAUCAGAAUCUAAAAUCUCAAAGUCCUGUGGAUGAAAUGGAGUCAAUACCCAUUGCACCCAAACAACAUACUCCGGCUUUCCAUCAGGAACCGUACAACUCUGAGAACGUUCCGUACAUUAAAGAACGAAAUAAGUGGGCUGUAGUAGAACUUUCUACCUCUCAAAAAGUCUUGGAGGAGUCUUGUGUUUCUGUCUCUCCAGAUCAUCCACCUUCUGUUGGAGACAGAAAAAAAUGGCAAGAGGGACUCCCGUUUUUUCUGCCUAUACCCCAGCAAACUUUAGAGGAGACAUGCAUCCCAACAAUAGAAAAAAACACAGGUGAGGUGAUACGAGGGAGUGCGAUGCAGGAUGAAGGUCAAAGGAAGGCGUGGGGAGUGAGUCCAGAAUGCCCGAUUCUGAGAGUGUUCCAUGAGGCAGAGGUUCAGCCACUUACCCAGCCAUUGGAGACGGUCGGCAUCUACAAAGAGGCUAGCCCUGAUGAGGCAAACCAGAGUGUGGCUAUGAGUGCAUCUGGAGAGGAAACGAGUGACAAGAAAGGGCCGGCUGCCAUUGUUAAGGUUGAGGCAAAGAUGGAAUAUGUGCCAACAACUGAGGCUAUGCACCCAGAAAAGUCGAGUGUAAUGCAAGCACCUUCAAAUAUUGCUGAGAUCCAGGAUCCAGAAGAUGUGGAAUCUGUGGUUUUGGAGGAUGUUCCUGAAGUGUCACAUACUUCAAUGGGCCUGCAUCACGCAUGGGAGAAGCAAGACCAACAGUCAAUGCCACCGGAAGUCAGUACAAACAAAGGAGCAGCAGUUUCAGCAGGGAGGGAGGGCUUGUCACAAGGUGAAGAACCGCUGUUUAUGAAGUUGUGCUCUCCAGCUCACAGACGCACAUCUGCACUCGCCCUAAUUUCGGCUCAGUCUUCGGUGGACGAAUCCUCUUCUUCACUCGCUUCCCGUUCACGCUCAGUUUCACCUCUUCACACGAGGAAGCACAAUGCUCUCCUUAUUGGGCUCUCAACAGGCCUGUUUGAUGCCAACAACCCUAAGAUGCUGCGUACGUGCUCCCUUCCAGAUCUUAGUCGGGUAUUCAUCUCUGGGCAGGAGUCUGUCAUUAUUCCUGAAAACAACGUUGCUCCAGAUGGCCACUCGGAGAAUGAGGACCAGGAUCAAGCCAAAGAUGAUGACCAGUCCGAGACAGAGGAUGUUUAUGAUGAUGAUGAUGAUGAUGAGGGCCUGCAGGACAUCAGGGCAUCCAUGGAGCGACUGUUGCAAGAAGAACGUGAGUUAAUGGACAACUUACCACAUGAUGGAAGAGGAGACUUUAAUGGAAAUACAGCAGUUGGUCAAGACAAAGACCUUUUCAAGCAGAUCCUAGUGGAACCUGAGCAGGACAACUAUCAGAUGGCUCUGGGUAGUGAUGACGAUGAUGCUGACAAUGAUGAUGAGGAAUGCUCAAAUGACAGUCCUGUUGAUGAAGAAGGAGUUGACUUGCUCAACAAUGGUGUAGGUGAAGAAAACCACGCUAAUAAAAACCAGUUUAAUGAAGAAUGGCAGUCAGACAACAGUGAGGAGAACCAGGAGGGAGAAAUGGAGCUUUAUGAUAGCAUCUACUGUCGCUUGGAGGAGCAUCGUUUUAAUUUGGAGCGACAGAUUGGCUUUGAGAAGUUCAUUGAGGCCUACAAUAAAAUAAAGGCUAUACGCGAUGAUGAAGAUGACAAUAUUGACGUGGGCACCAGUUUGGCGUUUAGCAUUUUGGGAAGUGAGCACCAGCAUCUAUAUCCAAACAUCCUUCAUCUGGUGAUGGGGGAUGGUGCCUACCAAGAAGGUCAGUCACAGGGCAAUGAUCAGCCGUGGAGCCAAUCGCAGCCCUGA